AUGACACAUUAUAUUCCUCUCGGUAAAUGCAAUGUGGGAGACCCAGUCCUUAUUAAGCAUAAGAAGUAUCAUUCAGAAGAUCUGGUUAUUGGUGGAAUUACUUCUCAAAUUUCUAUGUUUUCCAGCUCCAUGACGUUCAUAAGGAAUCCAUCAGAAGAAAAAGUUGAUGAUUUCAUAAUUCAUCUUCAGAAUUUUCAGCAUAUCCUGGCCUUGGAAUUUGCAAUCAAAGAAAUCAAUGAAAAUCUUUGCAUUUUGCCUAAUAUCACACUGGGCAUACAUGAUUUCAAUAGCUAUUCCCUGGCAAGGUGGAUUUAUGUUGCUUCCAUGGAACUUCUUUCUUCAAAGGGAAGAUUCAUCCCAAACUACAAGUGUGAUCUCAAAGACAAUGUAGUAACUGUUCUUGCAGGACAUAAUGCUUUCAUUUGUCAGUUUAUGUCAAACAUUCUGAGCAUUUACAAAAUCCCACAGGUGACAUAUGGCUCUGCUCCAGUUUUGGAUGUCAGCACACAGGACAUUUUCUUGCAUCGGGCAUUUCCAAAUGAAAAUCUUCAAAUUAAGGCAAUGAUCCAAUUGUUGCUCUAUUUUCAAUGGAUAUGGAUUGGAUUAAUUGUCCAAAGUGAUGAGAAACGAGACAGGUUUCUACAGAAUAACCUUGCCUUGUUUUCUCAGAAAGGGAUUUGCUUUGACUUUGUGGAAGAGUUACCAAAGUCAUCAGUUUCCAAUGAAAUAUAUAAUCUUGUGACAAAUUAUAUAAAAGUUUACAAUGUUAUUAUGACCAGUACUGCCAAUGCUUUGAUUGUCCAUAGUGAAAACCAGGAGAUAGUUGUUCUGAGGAUGUUGCCCUAUAUUUCAGACUACGAGAAUGUGACAGUGAAGAAAAAAGACAAAAUUUGGAUAAUGCCAGCCCAGAUGGAGUUCUCAUCACUCCCUUUUCAAAGAUACCGAACUAUGGAUUUCAUUCAUGGGUCCCUGUCUUUUGAAGUUUCCUCAAAGGAUGUCUUGGGUUUCCAGAGGUUUCUUCAGAUGAGAAAAUUUACUUCUGCAGAGGAAGACAGUUUGAUCAGGAUAUUUUGGGAAAGUGCAUUUCAAUGUUCUUUCUCCAAAGCCAUGUUAGAGGAGGAUGCUGUGAAUGAAUGCACAGGUGAGGAGCAGCUGGAGACCCUUCCUCAGUCAGUGUUUGACACCAGGAUGACUGGUCAGAGUUACAGUGUCUAUAAUGCAGUCCAUGCUGUGGCACAUGCUUUGCAAGCUCUGCUUUCAUCAAAAUACCAGCUCAAGACAAAAGGAAAUGGUUCAGAACUUAAGAGGUGGAAUCGAUAUGCGUGGCAGCUUCAUAAGCACCUGAGAACUGUUUCAUUUAAUAACAGUGCUGGAGAAAGGAUAUUCUUUGAUCAAAAGGGACAGCUAGCAAUUGGCUUCGAUGUGAUCAACUGGGUCAUUUUGCCCAACCAAUCCUUCUUUCGAGUCAAAAUUGGGAAGGUAGAUCCAUUUGGUCCCCCAAACAAGCUGCUCAAGAUUUCUGCAGAGAAUGCGGAUGACUGUUUUCAAUGCUCAGAAGGCCAAUAUCCAAAUGAAGCUCACAAUCUUUGCAUUCCCAAACGCAUCGUAUUUUUGUCUUACAAAGAACCACUUGGUCUCAUACUGACAACUGUUGCUUUAUUUUUUUCCAUCACUUCAGCUUUCAUGCUUAAGAUCUUUAUGAGUCACUGGGACACUCCUAUAGUAAAAGCCAACAAUAGGAACUUCACUUUUGUUCUUCUCAUAGUACUUCUGCUCUCUUUUCUCUGCACUCUGCUGUUCCCUGGGCAGCCCAACCAACUGAAAUGUCUCACACAACAAACUUCUUUUGGCAUCAUCUUCUCUGUAGCCAUUUCUUGUAUAUUAGGGAAAACAACCAUUGUUGUUCUUGCCUUCAUGGCCAUCAAGCCAGGCUCCAAAAUGAGGAGAUGGGUGGGGAAAAACCUUGCUCUCUCUAUUGUCCUAUCUUGCUCCCUGAUGCAGAUCACUAUUUGUAUAGUCUGGGUGGCUAUUUCACCCCCAUUCCCAGAUUCUGACAUGGAUUCCAUGCCUGAAGAAAUUGUCCUGGAAUGCAAUGAAGGUUCAACCACAAUGUUUUACCUAGUCCUUGGUUUCCUGGGUUUCCUGGCUGCUAUUAGCUUUAUAGUGGCCUUCCUUGCUAGGAAGCUACCUGAUAGUUUUAACGAGGCUAAGUUUAUCACCUUCAGCAUGUUAGUCUUUUGCAGUGUCUGGAUAUUAUUCAUUCCCACCUAUCUGAGCACCAGGGGAAAAUACAUGGUGGCUGUGGAGAUCUUCUCCAUUUUGGCUUCUGCAGCUGGAUUACUGGGCUGCAUCUUUUUCCCCAAAUGCUACAUUAUUGUUCUGAGGCCUGAUUUAAACAGGAAGGAACAACUGAUAAAGAAACAAAAUUGA